AUGGGAAACACUUUAACUCGUUUUUAUCGUCGGAGACGCACUCUGGAUGAGAAUUGCGAACCAUUGAUUGAGGAAGACGAAGAAGAAGAAGAAGAAGAGGAAGAAGAAAAGGUUCGACCCAAAGGGAAUACCAAAUUCAAGGAAGCAAAUGCUCUUCUAACGUCUAUGUACAAGACAAUGACUUUUGACACACCGCCGGACUAUGGGUACCAAUCGCGUAUGUGUCGAGAGGGUCGUUGGGACGGUCAUGUCUUUCCAGAACAACAGAGUCGACACAUUCCGUUUCAUGGUUUGAACAAGUACCGCUUUGGUGCUGAAAAGUUGUUGACGGACAGAGGAGGACACUUGUCAGCAGUUGAAGCGGAACUGGAGAGAAUCACCAAAAAAUAUCAAGAAACUGUGGAUAACAUUCACAGUGCAGCAAAGAAAGUUGCAGAGAGCUAUAAACCGGUCGUGAUCGAGUCUUCUCGAGGUACAAACGUAAAAGAUGUUGUGGAAGCAUUCGACAACCAAGUCAAAUUGAUGGCUCGUCAUUACGAAACGUUCUUCCGUUACUCUCAAUACAACUUGGAUGAGCACGUCGUCGAACGUAAAGAAAUCGCGUUCCGUGGCUACUGUGCUCUCUCGACUCUUUGGGAUCUGGUGAUGUCAAUGAGCAAACAGUUGAAUGUGGAUGUUCGUAAAAUCGAAAAUAGUACUUUUCUGGUGGUAGAAACUGCGAAAGACCUACUAACCCAUUACUAUAAAACGUUUCCCAAUUUGACUCAACAAGAGCGGGAGAAAGCAUUGUCGAUGAAAUACGAUAUGGAUUAUCACUUGUUGCAAUCGAUGACAAGAAAUGGGCCAUUGUUUUAUAAAAAAGUGGAAAAGACUAACAAUGUGUCAAGUCAGUGCAAUUUGGAGCCCACGUUGGUUGACAACAAGUUCGAGAUCGAACUGAUGCGAGAGGGGUUGAAAAAACAACAAAUGGAAUUGGAUGCCUUGCGGGAGAAACGGGAAAAAGAGGAUGAGGAACAUCAACAAUCAUACUGGGAAUGA